UACAGCCUAUUGCCUACCUACUCUUUUUCUAAAUUUAAGAAAUACAUGAUGUGACGCAUGACCAGACAGGAGAACUUUAAAAAAUAUAUCGAUUUUGAUACGAAUUUGAUAUCUGAAAAUAAAUAUCGAAAAAUGAUAUAUCGCGGGAAAAAAUAUCGAUGUUUUGAUAUAUCAAUAGUUGUUGCCCAAUCCUAUCUCUAUCAAUGGACGACAUUCAAAUUUUAACGACUUUGUUUAUAAUUGGCAUUUUUUGUAGAAUUUAAAUGUAGAUCUUUUGUUCGUUGUGCUAUUUAUUUAAAUUCUGUUGUGAUGGUGUAAGUUAAAUAACGAAAACAAAAACGUUAAGUAGAUAAGGUGAUUGACGAACGAAUAUUCCAUUGUUUAGUAUAAAAAGCACUAAAUAUGAGUGUAACAGAAAGCAAUUGGAAUUUUUGUAUAUUUGCAAAAGACAUUGAGAAAGAACUUUACCAAAACUUCGAAAAAACAAUUAACAACUCUCGAGAAACUGUCGCUAAAUUACUUGAAGCUGGCUUUAAAACUAAUCGAUUAGUUCAUGAUGGAAUAACAAUUUUUAAUAAUGAUAAUGAGAUGGAAGUAUUAGUAGAAAAAAAUAAGCAAUUACGGCAUGAUAUCAACAUUAAAAUAGGAGAAGUGGAAAGUCAGCAAUACAAAUACGAAACGUUUAAAAAAGACCAAAAGUUACUGUCUCAGGAGAUAAAAGAGACCCAUGAAGCAUUUUUAAUGGCAAAGAAGUUUUAUAAGAAAUAUUUAAAGAUCUAUUAUACUAUAGAAGCAAGAGAUGGUACAAAACAAAAAAUAUUUGUACAGUUUUUCACUGAAUCUAGAAAGGAACCUGAAAGUUAUUCUGUACGUCUUCAGCGUGAUACAAAAUCAGGCUGUUAUGAAUUGCUCUACACUACUCCAAAUCUAAACCUGCUGAAGGAAUAUCAAAGAAGAUUAAAACAAACAAAUGAUGUCCCUGAACUUUUAUGCUGCAUAAAACAAGCUUUUGACCUUAUUAAAUUAAGUAAAAGUAAAUAAUAUUUGAAGUUCUAAGGCAAAUGUCAAGCAACAAACAAAACC